GACGUUCACGACAUUCGUGUUGCAAAGCAAACGUCAACAAUUCGCUGGAAAUAGGAAUUCAUUUUAUAUUUACAAGUGCUGCGUUCUUAAUAAUAUUUAGUGUCCCGUUUUUGUUUUAAUGUAAAAUGAAUAGAACUGAGGGUUUGGUACAACGUAAACACGUUGCAAAAGACAAUAAUUCAGAUGGUAAUUUGAAGGAAAACCACGACAUCGAUGAUAAGAAAAAUGAUAAAAGCUAUGAUGACGGAGAUUCAAAAGAAACAAGAUUGACAUUAAUGGAAGAAGUAUUACUUUUAGGAUUAAAGGAUAAAGAGGGUUACACAUCAUUUUGGAAUGACUGCAUAUCGAGCGGCUUGAGAGGAUGUAUUCUGAUCGAACUGGGCUUAAGAGGUCGAGUAGAGUUGGAAAAAGCUGGUAUGAGGAGAAAGGGACUGCUGUCUAGGAAAGUCAUUGUAAAAUCAGAUACACCUACAGGAGAUGUCCUAUUGGAUGAAGCUUUGAAACACAUGAAAGAAACUGAUCCACCAGAAUCUGUACAAAGUUGGAUAGAAUAUCUUAGUGGUGAAACAUGGAAUCCUAUGAAACUCAAAUAUCAAUUAAAAAACGUCCGUGAAAGGUUGGCUAAGAAUUUAGUAGAAAAAGGUGUCCUGACGACUGAGAAACAAAACUUUUUGCUCUUUGAUAUGACCACACAUCCCCUUACGGACAAUGUAGUGAAAUGCCGUUUAGUUAAAAAGGUGCAAGAAGCGGCGCUGCGGCGCUCUGUGACGGACGUGGCGCACGCCGACAAGCGGUCGCUGGCGCUGCUGAUGCUGGCGCACUCGGCCGACGUGCUGGAGAACGCGUUCGCGCCGCUGUCCGACGAGGACUAUGAGCUGGCCACGCGCCGCGUGCGCACGCUCCUCGACCUGGACUUCGAGGCCGAGGCCAUGCGCCCCGAGGCCUGCGAGAUCAUGUGGGCGGUCUUCGCCGCCUUCACUAAAUAACAAUUCAUAAACAAUAUUCACGCGUACCGAUUAUAUCGUUAUCGCUGACUACCGGGAAGUUCCGCAAUUUGAAGUUCGCAUCGAAAUUAUCAACACAUGACAGUUCAAAUCCCGUAAUGUAAUUAUUUGCAAAGCGAUGUCCGAGUGGUAUGGGAGAUGAUUACUUUUAUGAGAUUUCAAACGCCGUCGGUUUUCUUAUCGAGAUGAUGUGUUAAAUAUCGUUAUGGUAAGAAGUGAGUUGUUAAAAGUGUCAUGGGUUUUUUUAUGUCAAAUAAAAGCCAGUAUUACUUAAGUUUGAGCUGUUCAGAUUUUAGUUAAAAACAUCAAACUCCUGACAAGGGAUAUCCCAGCUUCCUGAUUUAAAAUAUUCCUUUCUGACAUACAUUGGAGUUUUUUUGCACAAUUUUUCUUAAUUUUUGAUAUGUCAGAUUACUACCUAUGUAUUCGAUUUUUGUAUGUACCUAUAUUUUGUAAAGUGUAACCCAGUUAAAAGUAAUAAUAUUAUUUUAAUGUACCUAAGUAGAUUUAUGGGCUGAUGGAAUUACUUAAAUAAAACGAAUUCAAGUUUUUCUGAG